AUGGAAGACAACUUCGCCCAACAUGGCCCCAGAGUGUACCAACAAGACCCCAAGAGCUGCGGUACGACCAACUUUCGUCUCCAAACAAGACCGCGAGCCAAGCCUUUCGAGUCCAAAUCCAUCAACACACCUCGAGUUACGUCCAGAAAGCCUGCGCGUGCCUACAUGGUGUGGCUAUUCAGUCUCGGAAACCACAGAUGGGGUCUGCUGUCUCUCCCUCAAAUGAUGCCCGGUGUCUUGUCACGGAGGGGAAGCCCGGCCAUGCUAGCUGCUUGA